UUGUAGAGAGAGGAAGCGGGUGUGUGUGUGGGGGGUGGGGAGGGCGGAGGAGAGAGAGACAAGAAGAAGCAGGCCCCGUUGGUUGGGGCAUGGAAGGGGGCCUUGCCAUGCUCAGGCAGCUCAUUGGUGAAUUCGAAGAGCUCUUGGAACUCUACCACCGCUCUCCUCCUCACUCUUAUCUUCACCUUCAAUCUCACUCCCAACUUCUUCAACCACCGCCUCACUACCAACACAGAUUGUGCUUCAUCAGUCUUGAUGAUAAGUCAGCAGAAGAUGGUUGUUGCAAUAUCAUAAUGAGGGCAGGAAAACCUGGAAAUUUCAAGAUGGUGGAACCUACUAACAAGCCUCCACCGGCAAAGAAAUCUCGGAAAGAAAAUAACCGAGGAAGAUUACCGGAUGCUUCUUGUUCAACAGAAACGAUGGAACACCAGAUCUGGAAAGAAUUCCCUGAAGACCUCUUCGAAGCUGUCAUUGCAAGGCUUCCAGUUGCCUCUUUCUUCCGCUUCCGCUCAGUGUGUAGUAAGUGGAAUUCCAUGCUUACCUCUCACAGUUUUUCCCAACAAUGUGCACAACUCCCCCAAACCCAACCCUGGUUUUACACCAUCGCCCAUGAAAAUGUGAGUACGGGAGCCAUGUAUGACCCCACCUUGAAAAAAUGGCACCACCCUACAAUCCCUUCUUUGCCAACAAAGCUAAUAGUUUUGCCAGUUGCUUCAGCUGGGGGACUUGUAUGCUUUCUUGAUAGUGGUCACAGAAGUUUUUAUGUUUGCAACCCACUCACUCGAUCCUUCAAGGAGUUGCCAGCAAGGUCAGUUAAGGUUUGGUCUCGGGUUGCUGUCGGAAUGACUCUAAAUGGGGAAUCGUCCACAGGGGGGUAUAAAAUCCUCUGGGUGAGUUGUGAUGGGGAGUAUGAAGUUUAUGACUCCAUGAAAAACUAUUGGACCCGUCCUGGAAACAUGCCCCCCGGUAUCACUGUACCGUUGGAUCUGAGCUUUGGGUCACAGGCGGUUAACAUUGGUGGCACACUUUAUUUCAUGCGAUAUGACCCAGAUGGGAUAAUUUCCUAUAACAUGGUUAGUGGGGUCUGGCAGCAGUUUAUAAUCCCAGCCCCUCUUGACCUGAGCGAUCACACGCUGGCGGAAUGUGGUGGGCGAGUCCUACUUGUGGGGCUAUUGACAAAGAAUGCUGCCACGUGUGUGUGCAUAUGGGAACUGCAGAAGAUGACUCUUUUGUGGACGGAGGUUGACAGAAUGCCAAAUGUAUGGUGCUUGGAAUUUUACGGAAAGCACGUUAGGAUGACUUGCUUGGGUAACAAAGGUUUACUCUUGUUGUCGUUGAGAUCGCGUCAGAUGAACCGAUUGGUUACGUAUGAUGUUGUGAGCAGGGAAUGGGUGAAGGUUCCUGGGUCAGUGCUGCCUCGUGGGAAGAAGCGUCAAUGGAUUGCUGGCGGCACUGCAUUUCACCCUUGCCUUGCUGCUUCAGCUUGAUUCAGAAAUGAGGGAUAUUCUUGGCAGCACUUGCUUUAAUUUUGUCGAAAUCCUUUAUUGACUGCAAGUUUAAUGGCUCCUGUUGGGAUUUUGAUGAUGAUAAUAUUUCUUUUCUGUACAAACUUCAAGGCGUUGACUUUUAUUUCAGAAGACUAAAUCUAAAAUGCUUCCUUUUAGUGGUCUA